GACUUCUACAACCAACUAGUCAAUAAAAGUAUAGUUUGAAAUAGAAAUGUGUGCAACGACCAAAAGUAUUCGAAAAAUUUUGAAGCCAUUUCUAAUAAUCAGUUAUGUGUUUGGUUUAAGACUUGCCAAUUUAUCUAGUCAUGCAAAAUUAUGUCUUAGUGUUCUGUACAUGCUGCUAGUUUGGUGUAUGUACUAUUUCCUCUCAAGAACUACCAUAAUGUCUGUGUUUUUUGAACGUCGUUCCAUCGGGCAGCACGUUUGCUGUGCACUAGAAAUCCUCACAACUUUAUUGUCAAUUGUAUUGGGUAUAUACCAUGAUAAGAAAUUCCAGAACUGUUUGAAAAAGAUCGAUACUAUUGACAGCACCUUGUUUAGACUAGGAAUAAUGACAGAUUAUAACAAACUACACAAGAAAACAGUAUGGAUUAUUUUUGGGUGGCUUGCAAUAGUCAUAUUAACAAAUUGCAGUACAGCAAUCUUCACAAAAGUUGAAAUUAAUUGCAAAGUUGAAGAUGCUAUGUUUUUCAUCUUUUUACUAAACUAUUGCUUCCAUGUAAACUUCAUCGGUGAUUUAACCACUGCAAGUAUUCUCGAAUACAUAGGAUUGAAGUUUGAUCAAAUCAAUGCAAAUCUUCUUCAGAACUUGAUGAGAAAUAAUAAACAGAAAGUAAAACAGACUUGGAGAGAUCCUAUGAUAUAUCCGCAUCAAUGUAACUUUUCAAAAGCACUAAACAGAAAAUGUAUAAUUUGGAUUAUUGUACAUCUACAAUUGGAGUUACGCAAAAUAUUCCACGAAAUAGAUAUAAUAUUUGGAGCACAAAUGACUUUCAAAAUGGCAAGUUAUUUUGGUUGGAUGGUGAUUGAUUUGCAGCAAAUUCUCUACUCAAUCCUGAUCAACAAUUAUGUAAAAUUUAGAAUAACGUCCAUCACUCUGCAAUUUUUCUGGCUUUCUCAUAAUAUUUUUAAAUUUUUGCUCAUUAAUUAUAUGUGCGAAAGAGUCACUCUCAAGGCAAAGAAAACGGCAGAUUUAUUAAAUAAAUUAUCAUACCUCUCUUAUGACAUUGAACUUCGUGAAAUUAUUUCACAAUUUUCAUUUCAAAUAGUUUACGCACCACUUAGAUUCUGUGGAAUAGGAUUCUUCCAAUUUGGUUUCAAAUUUCUUCAUAAGUUUGUGAUGUCUAUUGCAACCGUUUUAGUUAUUAUAAUACAAGCACACCCAAAUAAAUAA